UGCUGUUGUUGCAUCUUGAUUUAAUAAUUGGAAGCUCUUCAGCCAGGAGAAGAGCAUCUAUAUCUUUGGAGUUCCAUUGGGAUAAUUCUACCCAUUACUGGGACCAAUUAUGGAUUUCAAAACGUUGUUAGUCCUCGCUUGCGUAGCGGCUGGAUCUCUAGCUGGACCAGUGAGGGAAACGCAAUGUGCAGAAGAAUGCAAUAGUCGAGAUGACGAGGGAAUGUUCAGAGCUUUCAAGAGCUACUACUUCUCAUAUGACGUCGAAAUUGACAGCAGAAUCAGUGGCCCGACCAGUGACCAGUCCUCUACCGUCCGUAUUGGGGCUGUAGCUGUCAUUGAAGGUCUCUCGGCAUGUGACAUGGUGCUUAAGCUCAGCGAUAUCAGCAUCCUAGAGAAACGCCAAGAUGGCAUCAUGGUUGCCGCGGAGACCGCCUCCACCUUCUCCCUUGCCCUUGAGGCUCAUCCUCUGCGCUUCUCGAUGGAGGGCAACGGCACCAUCACCUCUGUCUGCCCUGAGGCCGGGGAGGAGAUCUGGGCUCUCAACGUGAAGAGGGGCUUCCUCUCUCACAUGCAGACCAAGAGAACUACCUCAAACAAUGUUCUGGAAGAGGGCGGAGCUUUCGAGACUGGUGUGACUGGUACAUGCAUGCCUGUAUACAGUCCUACAGGAGAGAUGACCUUCCUCAAGAGUAAUGACUUCCUCAUGUGCAAACACAGAACCAACCUUAACAUGUUUGUGGAUGCCAUCCCUGUACAUCUUCUUGCUCCUACUGCAAGCCCUCUAACCAGCAGGAUGGAGUGUGAAUACCAGAUGGACAGCCAAAGCAUCAGCUCUGUAGAAUGCCACGAGACACAUGCCCUCAGACCUUUCGCUGCGUCAGAAUCCCAACCAGAGAUCAUGGUUCAUACAUCCAUCACCAAGACAGAAGUCAGGUCAACCAUCUCAUCGUCACUCAGUAGUGAGUUUGCCCGCAGGACCAGCCUUCUGUACGAGGACCCCAUCCAGGUUUCCGAGAUCAACAGCGACGAUGUCCGAAACACGAUCACCCAGAUCUGCAACUCCAUCGCCAACGGGAUCAGUUCCGAGACUCCCGGCCUCUUCGAAACUCUGACCAAGCAGUUUGGAGAACUUGACACCAAUAACAUGAAUACUGUUAUCAACAGGCUCUUCAGGAUUUGCCCAGAAGUAGAGACAAAUGAAGUCAUUAAAAUGGUGAAGGAUGCUCUGACUGAUUGCGACACGGAGCAGUGUGCUCAGGGAUUCCAUUCCAUCAUCGCAUCUGAGAACUCGGUUGAAAACGAAUUCUACCUCAGGAAGUGGUUCAUGAAGCUUGUCUUCCACAAGAACCCUACCAAGAACAUGAUCAACCUCGUCAAGCGCUAUGUGGGUGGAAACCAGGAAAUGAACCUGCCAGCUUAUUACGCCCUCUCCUCCAUGAUCCACCAAUACUGUCGCAUGUCAGAGGAUGACUGCUCCAGGGAUGCAGACAUCUUGAGCGCUGCCAUCGUCUUUGAAGAUAACCUCCAUGAUUCCUGCCUACCAGAGAGUGAAGAGGAUGAGAAGAAGAUCCUGAUGUCUGUGAGGGCCAUCGGUAACAUGGGUCUCAUCCAGAGCAAGAGUCUUCUCAACAAAUGCAACAGGGACCAGAACCCCGGCCUGCUCCGUGUGGCUGCAAUCCAAGCCUACCGAAGAGCAUCGUGCAAUGAUGUCCCUACUGAUCGAUACAUGCGUAUCUUCAGCACCAUCGAUAACGAUAGUGAGCUGAGGAUUGCUGCCUACCGUGCCAUCAUCAGGUGCCCCUCUGAGACACUCCUGCAGGGCAUUGCUAACACCAUGGCUGUUGAACCAACCAACCAAGUGACCUGCUAUGUAUCCAGUCAUCUUGCCAACCUCAGGAAUUCCCAGGACCCCAUGGUGGUUGACCUCCAGACUGCUAUCAGCCAGAGUCCCCUUGCCAACGUCACCAAGUGUGGCAUGGACUACAGGAAGUUCUCUCACAACUAUGGUCUUUCUUAUUUUGAUGACGAGUCUGGCAAUGGAAUCCACUUCGACAGUGAUGUAGUCUUCUCCUCACAGUCUUAUCUCCCAAGGAGUGCCCGUCUAGCCAUGAAUGUGGAUCUCUUUGGUUAUGGAUUUGAUCUCUUUGAGUUGGAUGCAAGGACUGUUGGAUUCCAGGAUGCCCUCGAGGAACUGAUGACUCUUAGCGAAGAAGAUCGUGAAGCUAACAUGAUCGAGAAGGUCCACAGGAUGAUGAAUAAGCGUGUCAACAGACAGAGGAGAGAGGGUAUAAAGACCUCUGCCCUCAACAGGAUCAAGAAUCAGUAUGAAACCAGUCAUGAUGUGGAGGAGGAGGCUGAGGGAGCUUUCGUAGCCAUGAAGGUUCUUGGUAACGACGUCUUCUACAAGGAUCGUGAUGACAUCGAACGUAUGGCCGAGAGGUUCAGCAGAGAAAGGCUGAUGGAGAUCAUCGCAUCCCUAGUCUCGCAGAGAAGCCAUGAAUACAGUCUGAACAAGAACUUCAAGACUUCCAAGGUGACCAUCCCGACCAUCGCUGGUAUGCCUCUGGAGGUCAACAUCCAAGGAGCAUUCAACACCAUCCUGAAGGCAUCCGGCAAGCUGGAUGUGCUCGGCAUGAUGGCCACGCCAAGGAGAAUGGCCGUCCAGGGAUUGUUUGAACCAAGUGCUGCCAUCGAGAUCAACAGCAACAUGAUGGUGGAUGCCCAUUGCGCUCGUAGCGGUCUGUCCCAUAAGACCAACAUGGCUUCCUCCCUGAGCCUCGGAGGCAGUCUCUCCUUUGAGAACGGCAUGCUAAAGGCCAAGGUCACAGCCCCACCAAGACGCGAGACCAUCAUCGAUGCUUCGUCCUCCCUGUUCUUCAUGCAGAGGAAUGAAAUGGUGCCAGUCACUGAGCCUGAGGAUGCUGUGACUUCUAUUGAAGAAACUUUUGCUAAUGACCGAUACAACCUUCACAUCAGUGGUACCAGACCAAACAUGCCCUUCUCUCUGCCCCAAGCAUUCUUCCAGAACUGGAGAAUGGAGAUCACUCUGGACAAACUUGAAGACAGCCUCGUUUCUUACGAUCUUGAAGCUGGAUUCAGAACAGACAAGGCAUUCAGGAAUGGUCAGAUUGAGAAGACAGAUCACCUCCACCUCCUGCUUGGCGCCCCCGGCAGCGAGACCGUUGGUGUGUACAGCAUGGACCUGGCUUAUCACCGUAGCAACGCCACCCUCCUUAUCAACGCAGAAACUCCACAACAUGGCAGCAUCUAUGUCAUAGGUUCACUGCGUAACGAGACUAACAGUAAGAGACUUCACCUUCAAGCUACCAGGUCUGAAACGACCUACAUGUUGGAGGCCGGUAUGGACACUAUCCCACUCUCCAACGGUAUCAAGUUUGUUCCUGUCUUCGCCGUGACGAUCCCAGACCUCGUAAGCUACGCUCUUGAAGGACAUGUCAGCUGUACAGGAGAGGAAAAGCUUUGGGAUCUCAGUCUGGUCGAUAACACGGAACGAAAACUUGCUUCUCUGAAAGGUGACUUCAUCAAGAACAACACCCUGCGUCGCCUGUCCCUCUCUGGUAGCCUCGGUGCCUUCUCCAGCUCCCUCCAGGGCGGCUACAAGUUUGAGGAAAUGUCCUCCUCCGCCAUUAUCACCCCCAUCUUCAGCCUAACGAGUGUCUUCCCUGCCAUCUCUCUGAGCAUCGGUGGUGGACCCCUGGUCAUAGCAGACAGCGGUACGACCAUGAACGAAUUCUACCUCACGACAGCCAACACAAGACUCAUCGAGGUGUCCAACUUCCAUCUUCAGGUGAGACAGAGGAGCUUCGGGUUCCAAGGCAAGAUCAAGGAAACCAUCCCAUUCGGCGUCGAGUUUGACAUGACCAACGACGAGCAGAGGCAGUACUCUGUGGAUCUGACACUGACCUCCAUCAUGGGAGACUACAACAUUCAAGGUCUACUCUUCAACAGGUCAGCAGACUCCAUCUACAGGCUGGAGGUCAUCGCUACGGUCAACAGUACCGAGUACUUCAAUCUAACAACUGAGUUCAAGAAUGAGGUCAAUGCUCACCAGUACCUGGACACCCUCGUCAAGUUCCGAGGCAUACAGAUCUUCAGGAGCAAGAAUGGUCUCCAGAUCCAGGCUCUGAAUGCCAAGACCAGGUUCACUCCAAUCUUCAUCUUGGAAACCAACCUACUUUUCAGCCUCUCUGCGGAAGGAUCCAUUGAUGUAUCUGAAAGUGGAAUCUUGAUUAACAACAUGGCCUUGAUUAGUGCUGCUGAGGACAUCUUCAGACUCAGUGGUUCUGCCUCAGUUGAUCGUGAUGCAAGGAGCAUCAGUUGGUCAUUUAACGUUGAUGGUGCAUACAUCACCGAGGUCGUAUCAGGUUCUGCCUCCCACCAUGAGAACACGGUUCUCUUCCAGACAUCAAUGGCUUCGGAUGCAUCAUCAAACCAACCCGACUACAGUCUUACCAUUGAUCUCCAGAACUCCACCAAAGAGGGUGAGAUCUUCUCCUGGGAUGGCAAGAUUGAACUGGACAUGCCCCAUCACCCGGAGCUGAGCUUCCGUAUGGACACCGAGUACACCCUCACACCCUCACGCUCUACCGGUAAUGUCUUCAGGAUCUGCUAUGACGGUAUCGAUUGCACCUCCACCGACAAGAGGAUCACUUUGGGCCAUGACCUGACCUUCAAUCGUGUGAAGAAUGUUUCAUACAGUCAUGACAUGGAGGUAACAUACACCCAUCCUGCAGCCGAUAAGGAUUUCACCUUGGACUGGACCACCAACUGCACCGCAAAUGUCUCCUCUGGCACUACGCUGACUCUAAGGGACCAUGAGGAUGAUCUCUUUACCACCACCAUAACGUACAUCCCUGAAGGAUCCGCUAGGAACGGCUCAGUGAGCCUCCUCGUCAAGGCACCAGGUUACUUUGAUUAUGAGUACACAGACACUUUCCAUUUCAGCAACCCCAAGGACAUACUCUACCUAUCUAAAUACAGAUCAGGAGAGCAGGUCAUGAGCUUCCUAGUUCGAUUCAAUAUGACCGGUGAAACCAACAGCUCCUUCUGGACAUCCACUGUGUUGGAAUACACGGACAUCAGAAACAAUGAUUAUACUCUGGAAUACAUCUUUGCACAGACUGGCAGUGCCAACGAGCUGACCUCGAUGACCAUUAAGAAAAAUUCUGAGCUGAAGAUGCAUAUGUUAGAGGAAACCACAAAGGAGAGUUCAGACACCAGAAUCCUUUUUCGUUACACUCGUGUUCUCAAGACGACCUUCCAACCUGCCCAGGAUUUGAGCUACAAUCUAACUGUGAUUGUCAAUCCACAAACUGGCAAUGGUAACGUGGAUAUGCAGCUUCGAUUCCUGCCUGGCCAGAAGCCGAUUUUGCUCAUAGCCGAUUACACCAAUAAGAGCACAGAUGCAAAGAAAGAAGGCCACAUCAUUGCCACUCUAAGCCUGCCAAAGACCUCCAUCACCGUUGUCUGUGAAGGAAAGCUAGAGAAGGGUGUCCCAUCUGGCAACCUGAGCAUUAAGUUCCAACCCCUGAUGAGAUCUGCUGAAACCUAUGCCAUUGAGUUGGCCAUGAAGAACAGGAGUUCCUCACCCAGCCAGAUUUACGACACUGCCCUGAUUUUCAGGUCCCCUGCAGAUGUCAGCUAUGGCAUUAAACACACCGUUGAAUAUUCUGAAGAUGUGUUCUUCCCAUUGACAUCUUCCCUCACUGGCAUUUGGGGAGAGGAGGAGGUGACUGUUAGUACAUCGCUAACAUUUGAUGAGAGCCUUAACAUGAGAACGGAGUUGGACUUGAGCCUUGCCAUACCUGAGCAUAUGUACCUCUUCAGUGGUCGAUUUGACAGAGGUUCGCGUAACAUCACCAUCACGAAAGACUCCAACAUUAUCUGGUCAAGCAACUACAUCCAGAACGUCCAAGAGUCCGAUGCCGGCUCCACAUUCACUCUCGAGAUCCGUGAGAGCGUGAUGACCUAUGGCUCUGAGAUGACCCUGACCCUCUCCAACCUCAGCAACGCAUAUGCUUUCAAUCUUCAGAUGCAGGAUAAUAAUAGGGAGGCUAUCUAUACCAACUGGGCCCUUGACCUUUUCCCAGGUCAGAACCGAUUUGACCUCACAACAGAAUCCAGAUCUGACUUUUUACCAGGUUACAACACCAAGACCUCUCUAAAUUUCAUGAAAACUGAGCAGUCCACAACUCUCUCCUCCUCACUGAACGUCGACAGUACCGAUAUGCUCUCCAUGACAUUCACCAAUGCUGCAUCAGAAGAGCCCAUGUCCCGUACCACCCAGAUUGUCUUCAGGCAGCCCACCAACCCCGACCUCCGUCUGCGUCAGGUCGUCAUCUCUGAUUCCUGCAGCAUGACUGCGCAAGGUAUCACCCACAACACCACCCUGAUGUGGGGUAACCUCCUCCCCACCCAGGCCAUCGCUCUUCGUUUCAUCGGCAACAGAAACGAGGCUGGAGCAGGAGCGACUAUCAUGCUUCUCAACGAGGGACGCGUCUUUGGCUUCGGAAGGUUGUUCACCCUAGCUCUUGGAAAGACAAGAACUGCAACUGAUCAAACAGGCACUAUCACUCUUACCAGUGAGACUGGUAACAUCUUCUCUCUUCAAACCGUGCUGACAAACACCAGCCAGGGGUACAUGAAGGAUUAUGAUACUAGCAUCACCAUGACCGUACUGGACAGACAUCCAAUCACCAUUGGGGCUAGUCUGGUCCAUAACAGCAGUAACAGAGUCCUAGAUGCUGAUCUUACCCUCACCUACAGCGCGGACAUGAACCAGAAACUGACCGCCGGCAUUGAGCUCACUCGUGUCCUUAAUGGUCACUCCAUUGUACUGAACCUACGUCAUUUGGUCAACAUCAUUGAUGUCACCAUCAUUGGUACAUACUCCAAUUCAUCCAAUCUAUUUGAGAUGUCGCUUGAGAACAGUGUACUUCUUGGAGAUGAAAGGCACCAACCUGAACUCUCAUUCUCGCUGAACAGAGGCACCAAGGAAAUAUCAUUUUUGUACACUGGCAGUAGAAACUACGGAUUCAACGGCCAGUUCUUGAACAGGACCACUGAAGAAGGCAGGGUGUAUGUAAUCAACUGUCGCAACAAUUACAACGGUCGUGUGGUGCCUUACAGCAUGGUGUUCAAUGAACCACGAAGGAUUGUUGGAAUGGUGGUUCAGUACAACCCAGAAAACAUUGCGGACACCUGGGAGUUCAGGGCAGGAUACGAAAACGACACUGCCAUCUUUGUCUCUUUGGACACCGUCCACUCCGGCCAGACCAUCCACAACGGUUCUCUCGUCAUCAGCUUGGACCGCAACGUGUCUAAGGUUCUCACCACUCAGAUCAACUGGGAGCCAGCUUGGCCACAAGACCUCAAGGCUGCAGUUCUGAAUAUAGUUAACAAGACGAUGGCACUCCGUGAUGUGAAGCGUGCAUCCAUGUGCAGCAGCUGGAAGGCUCUGGCCCAGAGGAUCAACGGCACAGCAACGGGCUUCUUGGUAUCCAACGUCAACAUUUACACUCAGAUCCAGCUGUUGAAGACUCAGGUCAAUACCCAAUGGGCUCUAAACUCACCAACCAGGAUGAUCCAACUUGGAAAUCUAGUGGGUAAAUGGAUGAGGCUUAACCAGACAGUACAUGCCUACCUGGCGAGCAGUGAUGUGAAAUCCGGGGCCUACAAGGCUUUUGCUGCCAAAUUUGAGGAUAUCCAGGAGUACUUUUCUACAGGCUUCAAUAUGUUUUCAGAGGAUGUUGUGAUUGACUGGAUGACAUUCGAGGAGGCCUUAAUGGCGAUUCAGCAUGAAUUCAACGAGACAGCCAUUGCUUCUCACUGGGCUGCCAGUAUGGAGGCGAGGGAUGCUUUCUUUAACAAUCUUUGGACGCAGUUUGAAGAGGACAUACUUGUCAUGGAUCCAAACUGGGUAGCCCUCCAGGAGCGCCUCAACACCAUCUGUCAGAACUUCGGAGCUGUCGGACAGCGCAUCCGGGAAGAAUUCAACACAAGGAUUGCUGUCUUAAAAACUGAGAAGAGAGCAAUCAAGAGAAUAAUUGGAGCCAUCGCUGAGGAUAUCGAGGUCUUUAAUGCCUUCCUUACGCCAGUCAUUGGACAGUGGAAGGCUGCUUACGAGGUUGAGGUUGAGCCAUUCCGCAACACAGAUUUCAGCCCAUUUGUCACUCUGGUUACAGAGCUCAAUGAGACCCUCCGCACGCUAUUGAAUAAGGAUGAAGCUCUGGCCCUCUAUCAAAUGACAGCUACAACCUUCCUCGAUCCGUACGUCUUCAUUGCCCGUAAGCGCCGCCAGGCUCCGGUCCCCAGCAGAUCCGCUGACAACCUAGACGCUGAAGCCAUCAAGGCUGCCCUGGCUAAGUUCAACUCUCGGUAUGGUAUCACCAACGUUCGAAACGAAGUCACCAACCCUUCGGCUCCAGUCGCUGUAGUGCCCAUGGAAGCUGGUCAGGAUUACAACUUCACAGUCCUCAUUAAUGUCCUGAAGAAGCUCUUCAACGGAACAUACGAGCUCACCAAGUUCGAUAUGAUGAACGGCGAAAUUGUUUUUAAGAUAUUUGUUAAGGACUUCAGCAACUUCACUUCUCUGACCAACUUCACUAGGCAGUACCUGGACAUGCUUCCAUCAGGCAUUCUUGAGAGGAUCAACGUGACCAAGCUGGAGAAGAUGAUCAGCAUGCUUCGAGAGGGCACCCUCAGCGAGUUCAAGUCCCGCUUCAUGGAGCAGUUCACCGCCAACCGCACCUACUACGAGGACAUGAUGCAGGAGCUACAGACCAGGAUGCAGGGUGGUAUCCAAGACACCAUGGAGACCCGCAUCGUCCCUUACCUGGAGCGCAUGGGCGAUCGCAUCGUGGAGGGUGGACGUCCCUUCUUCGGCCGCGUCAUGGACAUCCCCGACAGGGAGGAGCGUCACUCUUUCCUGGAGGAGUUGACCAACGAGUUGGACAUGUCCAGUCUGGAGAGGUUGUAUGGGAGGAUGAAGCAAACCAUGUGCGGAGUUAAGAAUACCAUGUCUGCUGCAGUCUCGAAGGCCAUGUUUGCUACCUGCCCCCGUACCUGGAUGCCACCAUACGGAGCUAAUGCUCUGGUCAUUGGAGCCCAGCACUACAUGACGUUCGACAAGCUAUUCUAUGACUUCUCUGGAAAGUGCGGCUAUCUCCUAGCCAAGGACUUUGUCCACGAGAACGACUUCUCAGCCAUCGUCGACUACGAGCGCGACAUGGAAAUCCCCAUCAGGAACAUGAUGUUCAUGAUCGACUCAAGGACCUUCGAGAUCAAGUCAGAUGGCACAGUGCGUGUUGACCGCCAGGCUCGUGAACUGCCACUCCAAGUAGGUGGUACUGCCAUUAUUCGCAUCGGGGAUAGCAUCUUCCUGAAGAAUGCUCAAGGUGUUGAUGUCAUGUGCAAGUUGCCUCAUGAUGUCUGUGUCUUGAAGCUGAGUGGCCGAUACUUUGACAGAACUGCUGGUCUCCUUGGGAACUUCAACUUCGAAUCUUAUGAUGACCUUAAGACCCCAGGCAAUGAGGUCCAGACCAACAUCACCGCUUUCACAGAAUCCUGGAAGGUCGGCAAGAACUGCAUCCAGUCCGAGGCUGCAACCCUUGACCUUAACAGGGUCAUCCCAACCAUGGAUGCUAUCGUGAACUUUGACCCCCUACACCCUGACAACCAGGCCUGUGCCAGUAUGUUCCUCGACAACUGCUCUCCUCUUGCCGGUUGCCAUGGCGGAGUCGAUCCGGAUUCUUUCUACAGGAUGUGCAUCCUGGACACACGUAACCUGCCACAGGAAGAGCGACACAGCAAGAUGUGUAGCAUCGCUGUCGCUUACAAGACCCAAUGCUGGUUCUCCAAGCAACCUGUGCGCAUGCCUGACGAAUGCAUCAUUUGUGAGGUUGGAGAUGAGUCCUUCCAAGCUGGCAAGCCAAUCACAAUCGAGGGAGAGGCCGUUCCUCGCCAGGCUGAUAUCGUGUUUGUUGUGGAACAGAAGCAGUGUGCGGAACAGGAUGCGCAAAAACUUGACAACCUUGUUGUCAGGUUGGCUGGAGAUCUCCAAGAUGCUGGUUUUGAGGACACUCAGUUUGGUCUUGCUGCCUUUGGUGGUUCAGGAGUCUAUGAUGCCGCUCACCAGCACACCAUCAACCACAAGAUCUUCAACGACCGGGCCCGUGAUUUCACACUGGGACGCGACUCACUCGAGUUUACCGAUGGCGGAAGCAAUGACACCUUCGCUGCCGUCAAGCUUGCUGCUAACUAUCCAUUCCGCACCGGAGCUGCUAAACAUAUCGUCCUUCUCUCUUGCUCUGAAUACACGGAGGAAAAUCCAAAGUUGAGUUUCAAGGAGCUGUCUGUCAUGCUCCGAAAGCGAGCCAUCUCCCUCACCAUCCUCAUGGACUAUCAGUUCAGACUCAACAAAAAAUCCAGUGCCUCCAAGUCCAAGUCUAAGACAGAGCUAGUCUAUGGUAUUGAUUCCACGGCAACAUACACCAGCAAGAUGUCCGGUCUAGAAGCCUUCAAGGGAUCCGCCACCCUCCGUCAGUUCACCGACGAACCCCGUGGUGUCAACGCACUUCUUGCCCAGGAGUCCGGUGGUGCGAUCUUCGAUAGUAGCAUGCUCAGCGACAAGGGCUUCAACGAUGUCUUCGUCAAACGCCUGGUAAUGAAGAGCGAGCCGGCCGAAUGCCAGGUCUGCAGCUGUGUCCAUGAUGAUCUGGUCGGUGUUGGACGUUCCGUGUGUGAAAAGUGCUCAAAUCCUCUCAACGUGUUCGGAGAGGAAAUUCGAGCCGGGGUGCGUUCCUUUGAACUAAAAUACCGUCUACCACACCAUAGGUAUCCUGACCAAAUUGCAGAGGAAGAAGAAUAAACCUAAUCCAUGUCCACCCAUAUGGACUACCUAUGCAUUAGACUAUUCUUCCUUUUGAAGUUGAUAACCGUGAUGUAGAUACUUCACUAACAAAUGUAGAUACAAAUCUUGCUAGGAGGGAAAUUGGGAUGUAUCUUUGGAAAGUAUCAAGAAAGUAGAUUGUAGUAUUUUUUUAUGAUGGUAAUGGAAAAUUAUUCAGCAUUUCUGCAAGAUUAUUCAGCAGCAGAUGAGAGGGAGUGUAUUGUAUAAGAGCUGAGGAAUUGUCAGCCUUUUGUUUUAUUUUUGUAUUAACACAUCAAGAGGCAAAGCUGCCUAAGUAUUUAAAGAUGUACUAGAUUCAUUUCAAAUUCACUUCAGAUUAAGCUUCAGCCUGAUAUUACAGACGGCUUCAAUUUUUCCAAGCGCCUUUUAUAGCAAUCUGAUAUCACUAAACUUCUUUACAUAUACCAACAAAUCAAGUUGGCCUCGCCUUUUUUAUAGUUUGUGCCCUUUAUGGCUAUUUUGAUUUAUGAUGAUGAUAUAAUAAUAUAAGAUGAAAAGUUUAGUCCAGUGGUUGAUUUAUGUUAUAUUGUAAAAUGAUGUACAAAAUUUUGCUGUGUGAUUCAUGUAAUUAAAUGGUGUUGAUGCGGACAAUGCAAUUUUCCUUCUUUUUUUUGUUUUUAAAUGAGAAUAAGAGUGACCGUGAGUUUGUGUAUGUGACAUGCAGUAUUAAAACCUUAACCAUGUUUCCUUUUUGUAAUCUUUAAGUGGGUGUUUAGUUUAUUGAUAACUGUAGUAACAACCGCUGUGGAGGAUGCGAUGCUUUCAUUAUGUGCAGCAGUAGAUAUGCUAGAUAUCUGAAUUAAUUAUAUUCAGUUAUGUGUUUGCGUGUUCCUCACAAGCUACUUCUAAAUGUUGCCCUAGAUUGAUUCCCUACCAACUGUGCUGCAAUAAGGUUUAAAGAGCUGUCUUAAAUCAGUAAAGAAUACACAAAUUGAGAGAAGAUUCUUAACUCAAAUACAUUAUCUAAGGCAGUCAAGUGUAUUGAAAAUUCCUUUGGACAGCAACACACUUUUGGGAAGUGCACAUUUAUAGUUUGUAACAUUCCUCAUUUGUUAACAACCAGAACAGUAUUAACUCUGUGUAAAGUACAUUAGUUAAUGCUCUUCAGGGCCUCUGCAUACGAUACUUCCUUUAUACAGAUUCUCUCAUAACACUCUGGAUCAAAACUAAGUAAGAACCACCAGUAAAAAAACAAAUUUGUUCUGCAUUUUUUGUUUCUUCAUCAAAUUCUUUACAUCAUAUGAACUCUAUGCAAAACAACGUGUAUGUCAAAUAUUUACUAUGUUCUUAAUCUCCAUACAUGUGCGUGGUAUGUCUGAUAAUAAGAUUAUAAUUAUGUGCCCUAAUAUGAAAUAUUGUGUUGAUCAUAUGGUAUUUUAUUAAAAAUUUGUUUUAUGAAAGUGGA